AUGGCAUUGGAGCGUUACUUUCUAGCAUGCAAAAAUAUCUCCAUCCUCAAGAUUUACAUGACUCGAACAUCUGGGGAUAGGAAAGAGGGUGUUUUCGAGGGGUGCCUAGGCCUCCAGACAAUUUGCGCCUUCGGCAUUGACAUCUCAGAGGCCGCUACUAGUUGGUGUUGGUUCAGCUUCUCUGUUGGAGGGUAUAACCGAUGGAUCGACAAAAAUGAAGGAUUUGGUUGGGAGGUUGGAGAUCAAAGGCUACUUUAUCGAGCAGCUGAGAAAACGAGAAUAUGUGAGAGAUCAUUUAAUCCACCUCCACUGAUUAGUGGGAAAUCUGGUGAUUGUCAGCGCAAGAAUGUGAAUGAACCAGUUGUUGCAUUUGGGCCCCCAGGUUCAUGA